CUCUCCCGCCCCAAUGGCACAGGUACCAGGGGAGCUGGACAACAUGGAGGGCCUGCCCGCCUCUAACAACAACAACCCCGCUACCCGCUGGGAGAGUCCUGACCGGGGCUGGGAGCGGGAGCAGCCCCUUGCCUCCACUGCAGCUGCCUCACUCUUCGAGUGCUCCAGGAUCAAGGCCUUGGCAGAUGAGCGGGAAGCCGUGCAGAAGAAAACCUUCACUAAGUGGGUGAACUCACACCUCGCCCGCGUCGGCGGCCACAUCGCGGACCUCUAUGCAGACCUCCGCGAUGGCUUCGUGCUCACGAGGCUCCUGGAAGUGCUGUCCGGGGAGCAGCUGCCAAGGCCCACGCGCGGUCGGAUGAGGAUCCACUCACUGGAAAACGUGGACAAAGCGCUGCAGUUCCUGAAGGAGCAGCGCGUGCACCUGGAGAACGUGGGCUCACAUGACAUCGUGGACGGGAACCACCGGCUGACACUGGGGCUGGUUUGGACCAUCAUCCUUCGCUUCCAGAUUCAAGUCAUCAAAAUUGAGACUGAGGACAACAGAGAGACCCGCUCUGCCAAGGAUGCACUGCUCUUGUGGUGUCAGAUGAAAACAGCGGGCUACCCUGAGGUAAACAUCCAGAAUUUCACCACCAGCUGGCGGGACGGCUUGGCCUUCAAUGCGCUCAUUCACCGGCACAGGCCCGAUCUCGUGGACUUCAGCAAACUCACCAAGUCCAAUGCCAACUACAACCUGCAGAGAGCCUUCCGCACAGCCGAGCAGCACCUGGGACUGACGCGUCUGUUGGACCCUGAGGAUGUGAACAUGGAGGCUCCAGAUGAGAAGUCCAUCAUCACCUAUGUGGUCUCUUUCUACCACUAUUUCUCCAAGAUGAAGGCUCUGGCUGUGGAGGGGAAGCGGAUUGGGAAGGUCCUGGACCAGGUGUUGGAGGUGGGCAAGAUCAUUGAGCGCUACGAAGAGCUGGCGGCGGAGCUGCUGGCCUGGAUCCACCGCACCGUGGGCCUCAUCAGCAACCAGAAGUUUGCCAACUCCCUGAGUGGGGUGCAGCAGCAGCUUCAGGCUUUCACGGCCUAUUGCACACUGGAGAAGCCUGUCAAAUUUCAGGAGAAGGGGAACCUGGAGGUGCUGCUCUUCAGCAUCCAGAGCAAGUUGCGCGCCUACAACCGUCGCCUCUUUGUGCCUCGGGAGGGCUGUGGCAUCUGGGAUAUAGACAAGGCGUGGGGCCAGCUGGAGAAGGCCGAGCAUGAGCGGGAGGCUGCCUUACGGGCUGAGCUGAUUCGACAGGAGAAGCUGGAACUACUGGCCCAGAGGUUUGACCACAAAGUAGCUAUGAGGGAGAGCUGGCUAAAUGAGAACCAGCGGCUGGUCUCCCAGGACAACUUUGGGUACGAGCUGCCGGCAGUGGAGGCAGCUAUGAAGAAGCAUGAAGCCAUCGAGGCCGACAUCGCCGCCUAUGAGGAGCGGGUGCAGGGCGUGGCGGAGUUGGCCCAGGCACUGGCGGCUGAAGGCUACUACGAUGCCCGGCGGGUGGCGGCCCAGCGAGACAGUGUCCUGCGCCAGUGGGCCCUGCUGACAGGGCUGGUAGGUGCCCGAAGAACACGGCUGGAGCAGAACCUGGCCCUGCAGAAGGUCUUCCAGGAGAUGGUGUACAUGGUGGACUGGAUGGAGGAGAUGCAGGCUCAGCUGCUGUCUCGCGACUGUGGGCAGCACCUGGUGGAGGCCGAGGACCUGCUGCAGAAGCACGGCCUGCUGGAGGGUGACAUUGCCGCCCAGAGCGAGCGCGUGGAGGCACUCAACGCUGCUGCCCUGCGGUUCUCUCAGCUGCAGGGCUACCAGCCAUGCGACCCUCAGGUUAUCUGCAACCGCGUGAACCACGUGCAUGGCUGUUUGGCGGAGCUGCAGGAACAGACGGCCAGCCGGCGCGCCGAACUGGAGGCCUCGCGUAGCCUGUGGGCCCUGCUGCAGGAGCUGGAGGAGGCGGAGAGCUGGGCGCGCGACAAGGAGCGCCUCCUAGAGGCGGCGAGCGGUGGUGGUGCAGCGUGCGCGGCUGGUCCCGCGGGCGCCGCGGGGGGCGCACACGACCUGUCCAGCACCGCGCGCCUCUUGGCGCAGCACAAGAUCCUGCAGGGCGAGCUGGGCGGGUUUGGCGCUGACCUCGACGGGCUCCUGGACUGGCUGCGCGACGCCUACCGCCUAGCGGCCGCGGGCGACUUCGGCCACGACGAAGCGUCCAGCCGCCGCCUGGCGCGCCAGCACCGAGCGCUCACUGGGGAGGUGGAGGCGCAUCGCGGGCCCGUGGGCGGCCUGCGGCGUCAGCUGGCUACUCUGGGAGGCGCCAGCGGGGCUGGGCCCCUGGUGGUGGCCCUGCAGGUGCGCGUGGUGGAGGCCGAGCAGCUGUUUGCCGAGGUGACCGAGGUGGCCGCGCUGCGGCGUCAGUGGCUGCGAGAUGCCCUCGCUGUCUACCGCAUGUUCGGCGAGGUGCACGCGUGCGAGCUGUGGAUCGGGGAGAAGGAGCAGUGGCUGCUCACCAUGCGUGUGCCUGAUUCCCUGGAUGACGUCGAGGUGGUGCAGCACCGAUUUGAGAGUCUGGACCAAGAGAUGAACAGUCUGAUGGGCCGAGUCCUAGACGUGAACCACACAGUCCAGGAACUGGUAGAAGGAGGCCACCCCAGCUCCGAUGAGGUGCGCUCCUGCCAGGACCACCUCAACAGCAGGUGGAACCGCAUCGUGGAGCUGGUGGAACAGCGCAAAGAGGAAGUGAGCGCGGUGCUGCUGGUGGAGAACCACGUGCUGGAGGUGGCCGAGGUGCGCGCGCAAGUGCGCGAGAAGCGGCGGGCAGUGGAGGGGGCGCCCAGAGCCGGCGGCGCCCUACAGUGGCGCCUGAGCGGCCUGGAGGCGGCUCUGCAAGCGCUGGAGCCGCGCCAGGCGGCCCUCGUGGAGGAGGCGGCCCUCCUGGCUGCGCGCUUCCCGGCGCAAGGGGCACGGCUGCGCCAGGGAGCGGAGGAACUGGGCGCCGAGUGGGGCGCGCUGGCCAGCUCGGCUCAGGCCUGCGGAGAGGCGGUGGCGGCGGCCGGGCGCCUGCAGCGCUUCCUGCACGACCUCGACGCUUUUCUGGACUGGCUGGUGCGCGCCCAGGAGGCGGCGGGUGGCAGCGAGGGGCCCCUGCCCGGCAGCUUGGAAGAGGCGGACGCGCUGCUGGCGCGCCACGCGGCGCUCAAGGAGGAGGUGGACCGGCACGAGGAGGACUACGCGCGCAUCGUGGCGGCCAGCGAGGCGCUGCUAGCGGCCGACGGCGCCGAGCUGGGCCCGGGCUUGGCUCUCGACGAGUGGCUGCCGCACCUGGAACUCGGCUGGCACAAGCUGCUGGGCCUGUGGGAGACGCGCAGGGAGGCCCUGGUGCAGGCGCACGUCUACCAGCUCUUCCUGCGUGACCUACGCCAGGCGUGCACGGUGCUGCGCAACCAGGAGAUGGCCCUGUCGGGUGUGGAGCUACCAGGCACAGUGGAGUCUGUGGAGGAGGCCUUGAAACAGCACCGGGACUUCCUCACCACCAUGGAGCUGAACCAACAGAAGAUGCAGGUGGCCGUGCAGGCGGUGGAGAGCCUGCUGAGGCAGGGCAACAUCUACGGGGAGCAGGCCCAGGAGGCUGUGACCCAGAUGCUGGAGAAGUGCCAAGAAAACCAACUACGGGCCCAUCAGUGGAUGCAGAAGCUUCACGACCAACUUGAGCUGCAGCACUUCCUCCGCGACUGCCACGAGCUGGAUGGCUGGAUCCAUGAGAAGAUGCUGAUGGCGCGAGAUGGCACGCGGGAAGAUGGCCACAAGCUGCAUAAGAGAUGGCUCCGGCACCAGGCGUUUAUGGCGGAGCUGGCUCAAAAUAAGGAGUGGCUUGAGAAGAUUGAGAGGGAGGGCCAGCAACUGAUGCAGGAGAAACCGGAGCUGGCGCCCUCAGUACGGAAAAAGCUGGGUGAGAUCCGGCAGUGCUGGGCUGAGCUGGAGAGCACCACCCAGGCCAAGGCACGGCAGCUCUUUGAGGCCAGCAAGGCCGACCAGCUGGUGCAGAGCUUCGCAGAGCUGGACAAGAAGCUCCUUCACAUGGAAAGCCAGCUGCAAGAUGUGGACCCAGGAGGGGACCUCGCCACCGUCAACAGCCAGCUCAAGAAGCUACAGUCUAUGGAGUCGCAGGUGGAGGAGUGGUACCGCGAGGUGGGAGAGUUGCAGGCGCAGACGGCGGCUCUGCCGCUGGAGCCGGCGAGCAAGGAGCUGGUGGGCGAGCGGCAGAACGCGGUGGGCGAGCGCCUGGUGCGCCUGCUCGAGCCGCUGCAGGAGCGUCGCCGCCUGCUGCUCGCCUCCAAGGAGCUGCACCAGGUGGCGCACGACCUGGACGACGAGCUGGCAUGGGUCCAGGAGCGGCUGCCGCUGGCCAUGCAGACGGAGCGAGGCAGUGGUCUGCAGGCUGUCCAGCAGUACAUCAAAAAGAACCAGGGCCUGCGGCGAGAAAUCCAGGCUCACGGGCCGCGCCUGGAGGAGGUGCUGGAGCGUGCAGGCGCCCUGGCCUCUCUGCGCAGCCCAGAGGCCGAGGCGGUGCGGCAGGGCCAGGAACAGCUGCAGAGCGCCUGGACCGGCCUGCGGGAGGCGGCCGAGAGGCGGCAGCAGGUGCUGGACGCCGCCUUCCAGGUGGAACAGUACUACUUCGAUGUGGCGGAGGUGGAGGCCUGGCUGGGCGAGCAGGAGCUGCUCAUGAUGAGUGAGGAUAAGGGCAAGGACGAGCAGAGCACCCUGCAGCUGCUCAAGAAGCACCUGCAGUUGGAGCAGGGCGUGGAGAAUUACGAGGAGAGCAUCGCCCAGCUCUCGCGCCAGUGCCGAGCUCUGCUGGAAAUGGGGCACCCAGACAGCGAGCAGAUCAGCCGGCGGCAGUCUCAGGUGGACCGGCUGUACGUGGCGCUGAAGGAGCUGGGUGAGGAGCGCAGGGUGAGUCUGGAGCAGCAGUACUGGCUGUACCAGCUCAGCCGCCAGGUGGACGAGCUGGAGCACUGGAUCGCGGAGAAAGAGGUGGUGGCCGGCUCGCCUGAACUCGGCCAGGACUUUGAGCACGUCACGGUGCUGCAGGAGAAAUUCUCAGAGUUUGCCAGCGAGACCGGCACCGCGGGCCGCGAGCGGCUGGCGGCCGUGAACCAGAUGGUGGACGAGCUCAUCGACUGCGGCCACGCGGCGGCGGCCACCAUGGCGGAGUGGAAGGACAGCCUGAACGAGGCCUGGGCCGAGCUGCUGGAGCUGAUGGGCACCCGCGGCCAGCUGCUGGCCGCCUCUCGGGAGCUGCACAAGUUCUUCAGCGAUGCCCGGGAGCUUCAGGGGCAGAUCGAGGAGAAGCGGCGGCGGCUGCCCCGCCUGACCGCCCCCCCUGAGCCGAGACCCAGCGCCAGCUCCAUGCAACGGACGCUGCGCGCCUUUGAACACGACCUGCAGCUCCUUGUGUCCCAGGUCCGCCAGCUGCAGGAGGGGGCAGCCCAGCUGCGGACGGUGUACGCGGGCGAGCACGCAGAGGCCAUUGCCAGCCGGGAGCAGGAGGUGCUGCAGGGCUGGAAGGAGCUGCUGGCCGCCUGUGAGGACGCCCGCCUGCACGUCAGCUCCACGGCCGACGCCCUGCGCUUCCACAGCCAGGCCCGGGACCUGCUCUCCUGGAUGGACGGCAUCGCCGGCCAGAUUGGGGCGGCUGACAAACCCAGGGACGUGUCGUCCGUGGAGGUGCUCAUGAACUACCACCAGGGCCUGAAGACGGAGCUGGAGGUGCGGGUGCCCGAGCUGACAGCCUGCCAGGAGCUGGGGCGCUCUCUGCUGCUCAACAAGAGCGCCAUGGCUGAAGAGAUCCAAGCACAGCUGGACAAGCUGGGGGCCAGGAAGGAGGAGGUGUCGGACAAGUGGGACCGCCACUGGGAGUGGCUGCAGCAGAUGCUGGAGGUGCACCAGUUUGCCCAAGAGGCAGUGGUGGCCGAUGCCUGGCUGACGGCCCAGGAGCCGCUUCUGCAGAGCCGGGAGCUGGGCAGCAGCGUGGACGAGGUGGAGCAGCUUAUCCGACGGCACGAGGCCUUCCGCAAAGCCGCUGCAGCCUGGGAAGAGAGGUUCAGCUCCCUGCGGCGCCUGACCACGAUCGAGAAACUCAAAGCAGAACAGAGCAAGCAGCCGCCCACCCCGCUGCUGGGGCGCAAGUUCUUUGGAGAUCCCACGGAACUGGCGGCCAAGGCGGCGCCCCUGCUGCGGCCGGCCGGCUACGAGAGGGGCUUGGAGCCCCUGGCCCGCCGGGCCUCGGACACGCUGUCGGCCGAGGUGCGGACCCGGGUGGGGUACGUGCGCCAGGAGCUCAAGCCCGAGCGCCUCCAGCCGCGUAUCGAUCGGCUGCCGGAGGUCCCGGGGAGGGUGGAGCCCACCGCCCCGCCGGCCGCACCCGAGGACGCAGCGGAUAACCCCGGGGCCCCCGGCGUCCCCGCGGCGGCGGCGGAGCAAGUCCGGCCGCGGGCGGAGCGCCAGGAGGCGGCGGACCGCGCGGAGGAGCUGCCCAGGAGGCGUCGGCCAGAUCGGCAGGAAUCGGCAGAUCAACCCGAGGAGACUGCGCGGAGGCGGAGGUCCGAGCGGCAGGAGUCAGGGGAGCACGACGUGGCACACAGCCUGACGCUGGGCCGCUACGAGCAGAUGGAGCGGCGGCGGGAGCGGCGGGAGCGGAGACUGGAGCGGCAGGAGUCCAGCGAGCAGGAGACGCCCACCAGAGGGGACCUGGCCAAGGGGAAGGCAACCCUGGCUGACAUUGUGGAGCAGCUGCAGGAGAAAGAGGCAGGCCCAGGGCUCCCUGCUGGGCCGUCGCUGCCUCAGCCUCGCGAGCUUCCCCCCGGCCGCCUGCCCAACGGGCUUGAGCCGCUCGAGCGGACACCUCGGCCAGACCGGCCGCGGGCACGGGACCGGCCCAAGCCGCGACGGCGGCCGCGGCCGCGAGAGGGUGGUGAGGGCGGGGGAAGCCGGCGCUCGCGCUCCGCCCCGGCCCAGGGCGGCUCCGCCCCCGCGCCUCCGCCUCCGCCCACUCAUACAGUGCAGCACGAGGGCUUCCUGCUGCGCAAGCGCGAGCUCGACGCUAACCGCAAGUCGUCCAACCGGUCAUGGGUGAGCCUUUACUGCGUGCUCAGCAAGGGAGAGCUGGGUUUCUACAAGGACUCCAAGGGCCCAGCAUCUGGGGGCACUCAUGGCGGGGAGCCACUGCUCAGCCUGCACAAGGCCACCAGCGAGGUGGCUAGUGACUACAAGAAAAAGAAGCAUGUCUUCAAACUCCAGACCCAGGAUGGCAGCGAAUUUUUGCUCCAGGCUAAAGAUGAGGAGGAGAUGAAUGGCUGGCUAGAGGCUGUGGCUGCCUCGGUGGGGGAGCACGCAGAGAUUGCCCGCUGGGGACAGACACUACCCACCACAUCGUCCACAGAUGAAGGCAACCCCAAGCGAGAGGCCGGGGAGCGGGAGCGCAGAGCCAGCGGCCGCCGGAAGUGACUUCCCACCCCCAGGGCCUGAGACAUCUUAUCUUUCUCCCUGCCCUUCCUCUCCGCACUGUGGGCACAAAGACACUUUCUCUUUGGCAGGGGCGUGGAUGUCCCUUGUUUCAGCAACACUGCGGAUGCGCCAUGACGGGCACUGGAAAGGAGGGGACUUCUCCUGCACCCCAAGAAGGGGUGGGGAGAUUGCUGCCCCUAUAGCCAUAUCUCGGCCCCUUCCCGCUCGCCACCCCCCACCCCAGGUGCUGGGGCUCCAUUAUUUUUAUGCAAUAACUGAGCUUGGUGGAGGGGCGGGUAAGGGGCCAGUUGAGCCAAGCCCCCUGCCCCAAACCCCAGAUCCUACCCCAAGAAGCUGGGGUGGUGGGGGCGAUAGUUCUGCCCCCCUCUCCGCCCUAGGGAUGGGCAAGGGGGCGCUGGUGAGGUCCCCUGGACCAUCCAGGGUGCUAGGGGGUGGGGAGGGGACGCCCCUUCCUCGCCUUUACCUCACUUCCAAUGCUGCCUUGAUCUCUGUCUGGGAAGAGGGAGUGAAGGGGCCCUAACCCCCACACUCCACCGCCUCAGAGCCAUGCGGUUAAUUCCUGACUUAGUUUAUUUUUGCAAAACGUCGACCUCCUCCUCCCCCGCCCCGCAUCCGCGAAGGCUUUUAAUGGGAGGGGCGUCAAAGCUCAAAACUGUCUUCCUCUCUCCUCCCCCCUCCAGUUGUAAAAGCCUCUUCUUGAGGGGAGGGGCGAGGGGAAGCCCUCCCCCUGCAUGCUUCUGGCUGGAGCACCUCCCUGAGGAGUGGGGGAACCGGGUUGCAGGCAGCCCCAUCGCCUGGAGAAGCCGCUGGGGCCCCAGGGGCGUGGGGCGGUGUGGCAGGCGCACACUGUAUGUACCUAUAAUAAAUCCUUUGGCUUUGACGGUC